ACCGCCACGUUGAUCAUGUUGCCUCCUUCCUCAUGGCAACGAAGUAGUUGUUGUCAAACGUUGCUAAGGAAGUCGCGCGGCUACUUGUUUUUAUUGUUUAAACUAGACGCUCCGGGUGAGCGGUAGCGCGACGGUAGACUGGCCCGCAAAUGUCAGAUUUAUUACAUUUGAAUGGCAUGUAAACAGCGAGAACGUGUAUAAUGCCCACGCAAAUAUGCACAGCGCAUUUAUUUGGGGUACGCUGAGUUAGUUUAGCUCGGGGCUAACAACGAGCCAAGCAACGAUGACGGAGAACGGAGUUGACGGCUCGAGGCCGACCAACAACAUCCCGGCGACGGUCGCCAGUGACGGGAGAGCUCCCAACGUCCCCUCGGCAGAGCGCAAAAUGUACCAAGAGUUCAACAACGCCCUCAAACUGCAGCAGGCUGCGCGGAAGGCGGCCGGGGACAGCCCGUACCAGCCUCGGCCGCCGUCGCUGCCCAGCAAGUGGAAGGGCAGGAAGAUGCCGGAGGAGAGCGUCCGAGCCAGGAGGCUGCGAUCCAGCCAGGAGAGUCUGAGCGACCCGGUGGGGUCGUCCACGGACUCUCUGAAGGACGUGGGCUCCCCCACGAGCGAGCCCAACGUGGCGACCCCCGAGGCGUUCCGGAAGCGAGGCAGUAGCCUGUCCGAGUUUGACCGCAGCCCUUUGAGCCCGGCCGCCCAGCCGCGGCGCGAUUGCCCGGAGUACGGCAUCCGGACCUCCAGGUUGCGCCUGUCCCCGUUGCAGCCCGGCUCGACGCCUUUGCCCGCCCUCCAGCACAAUUUCGUGUCGACCGCGUUGAGGGCCGCUAAUCGGAUUGACGAGGAUUGCUCAGAUUACGUCGCCAGGAGGAGCGCCGAGAGGCGGCUGCUGCACAGGAACCUGAGCGAAAGCGACGCCGGCUCGGAUAGCGUCUCCGUCAACUCCAUGAGGUCCACCAGCAGCGUGCUGAGUCCCAUCAGACCUCAGGAAGUCAGGAACAGGAGCUUUCUGGAGGGAGGAGGGCUGGGCAGCGGCGCCCUGCUGGGGGUGGAGGAGCUCAAGCGCUACUUCCCUGACCGCAGGCUGGGCAUCUAUGUGGUCACGUGGAACAUGCAAGGGGAGAAGGGCCUCCCCUCCAAUCUCGAUGACCUCCUUCUUCCGACCGACUCGGAAUUUGCGCAAGACUUUUACAUUGUCGGCGUGCAGGAAGGAUGUCCUGACAGAAGGGAGUGGGAGACGCGCCUCCAGGAGUCUCUUGGUCCACACUACGUGAUGCUGUACGCGGCAUCGCACGGCGUCCUGUACCUCAGCGCCUUCAUACGCAGGGACCUGAUCUGGUUCUGCUCUGAAGUGGAGCACGCCACUGUCACCACCAGGAUCAUCUCGCAGAUCAAGACCAAAGGGGCAGUGGCCGUGGCCUUUACAUUCUUCGGCACGUCCUUCCUCUUCAUCACGUCACACUUCACCUCCGGAGAUGCCAAAGUGUAUGAGAGGAUCCUGGACUACAACAAGAUCGUGGAGGCGUUGGCCCUUCCCAAAGGACUUCCGGAUACCAACCCAUACCGAUCCACGUCAUCUGACGUCACCACAAGGUUCGACCAGGUGUUCUGGUUCGGGGACUUCAACUUCCGUCUAGGUCACGAACGGGCCAGCGUGGACAGUAUCAUCAAGCGUACGUCCGGGGAUGACAUGGAUGCCCUGAUAGAACACGACCAGCUGUCCAAGGAGAUGAAAGACGGUUCUAUCUUCAAAGGCUUCCAGGAGGCCGGUAUCCACUUCUUGCCCACGUACAAAUUUGACAUCGGCAGCGACGUUUACGACACCAGCGCCAAACAGAGGACGCCGUCGUACACCGACAGGAUCUUGUUUCGGACCCGGUACGCCGAUGACAUCCACGUACUCAAAUACGCCAGCUGCUCCAGCAUCAAAACCUCAGACCACCGACCCGUCAUUGGCAUCUACCACGUCAAACUGAAGGCGGGCCGAGACACCAUUCCAUUGGGAGCGGGCCAGUUUGACCGCAGCCUGUACCUGGAGGGCAUCAAGAGAAGGAUCAGCAGGGAGCUGAAGAUGAGAGAGGCCAUGAAGAAUCAAAGUAGCGUGUGCGCCAUUUCUUGAAACGCCACACACCCAAACCACGGAAAGUACCUCAGCGCCAUCUACUGGUCACAUUGGGGAGCACUCGAGGGCAGGAACCUCGACAUAACCCGCCGGAAUUUCAACAUCAGUAUUAAUAUUAAUGCCUUGGGACGUUUUUAAAGCAAAUAGCGGAUUACUAAAUACUGUUUUUUUUUUCUUGAUGUCAUUGCAAAGAAUGGGGAUUUAUUAUUAUUUUUAAUUUUUAUCAUAAUGAGCAGCUUCUACAUUUUAAUCCUUUCAUUUCAAAGAUUGUGUGCAGUCCGAACAAGAUGCCUUACAUGAAGAGAUCUCAAACUGGGGUUUUAGUCAAAUAGUUUGGAUUGGUAUUUUUAAAAAAGUGCAAACUUUUCAGUUACAAUAUUUGCCUGUCUUUUUUUUUUUUUUAACGCUUUUAGAAAAAAUGAAAAGACAAAUUCAACAAAUGACUCCAGUUGCCUCGAUUCAGAUAAUGACAAUUACUGACCUUCAUAGCAGAGAACACAGACAUCUUCUUCUCCUUAUUUUCCUUUCGGCUUGUCCCACUAGGACGCAGUCAUUAAUUCAAAAAACUUUUUUUUAACCUGCAUAAAGGUAUUUCAUUUUUUGGUGCAAAGUUAAACAUGACUUGGGCAAUUAUGCUGUUCAGCAAAUGAUAAAUGUAAAAAUCAACCCUUCCUGCCUACUUUAUCUUGGGCCAAUUAAAAUCUCUGAUAUGAUUAUUAAUACAAUUAAAAAAACGUUUAAUCAUACUGCGACUAGCUUGUAAAAAUGUUUAAGAUUACUACUCCAUCCUGACAAUGUCUUUGUUCUUAUGAAGAUUACCCUUAUUUCUUUAAAAAAGAAACCAACUUGGAAAUAGUUAUAACUACGGCACAAAGUCUUUGUUCUGCAAAGGUUAUGCUUUUCUUCAAAAGACCAUCACCAAACACAACUUUGGAAAAAAAUAAUUGAUCAUAUUUACUAUGUUGGGAAUUCUUACUUUUCCUCCUGGCAAAAUAAGUCUUUGCUCUUGCAGAUUCAAAAUAUAUAUAUAAAAAAAAAUAAGACAAAUUGAAAAGGGAAUCUAUAAUAUUACAAGUAUCUUAAUCCCAACAAAACACAUCUUUGUUUUUGUAAAGAUGUAUUAAAAAAAAGGAAAAAAAAUACUUUAGGUUUUCAAAAAAUAAAAUGACCAUAUUUUAGGUGUCUUGGAAAAAUACAAUUUAUUGUCAUAUAAUUGUCUUUUCGUCCUACAGAAAUAUAUUUUUGUAAAAAUUCAAACUUAACUUUUUUUGGGUCUAGUUUUUAAUUUCUAUGGUAUUUACAUGUAGCAUUAGUAUUAUGAGGGUCCUUGGAAAAAGUUUUCAAUUCAGUUUAUUUAUUUAAAUAGCAUCAAAGUUCAACAGAAGUUGUCUCAGGGCACUUUCUCCCCCAAACCUAGUUUGAGAACUUUUGCCUUUUAUUGCUCAAACUCCAACAUUUGUGUGUAACUUCUCCAUGUACUGAAACUUUAAGUCAGU